GGGAACCUCCCCAAUCGUGGCCGGGGCAGCCCGGGCAGUGCCUUACGAUGAACUGCCGGCAGAGACCAAGGAUGCUUUAGCCAGGCGUGCCUUGCUACAUACAAGGGCCAAUGCUUCGGAGGUAGCUCCUCCAGUGGCCGACUACACCCACGUGACGACCCAGUUCUUUGACAACAACGAGCACGACCAGGAAAACAUGCCGGGAAACCUGUCUACGGCUGAUGUGGCAGGUGAAGCGGCCCAGUCAAGGCUGCACCCCGGUGAGGAUGUCUUUGACGAUGCGAAUUUUGCUGCCGGGGAGAGUUUCCGCCUGCAUGAGCCACCCUGGCAUCAAGAUCAAGCCAAGCACGAGCCCGAGAACGUCGAGCAAGCCAAAAGCGAGCCUGAGGAAGUCGACCAAACAGCGGGGGAACCCCGGAUGGCACCCGCCGUAACCGUUGCCCAACCCAAAGACGAGCCCGGGGAAGACUUCGACUUCGGCUUCGACUACCAGGACGAGGAGGACUACACGUGGGACACCACCGAGCAAUCCGAGGGCGACCUCGCCUCCAUGCGGCCAGCUGAACCCUCAGGGGCCCCUUCCGGCCUUACGCAGCGACAGACACAGCGACUCCAGCAGCUCUUCGCAAAUGAAAGGCUAAGUCGACUGCAUGCUGCUGAGACGGACCUCAUGGUUUGGAAGCGGUACCGUGACGAGUCGAAGCAGAAGUACAGAGCUCACAGAAGAUGCAAGCGUCGCGUCGGGGAAUGGCCCCAAGACCAACAGCGCCGAGUUUGA